GAUUAUGGAAUCAAAAAAAACAAAAACAGAAAUCACAAAGCAAAUGAAGAAUUACAAAUUAGAACAGAACAACAAAUGCAAGAUGAAGAAACUGGAGCAGAAGAAAAGGGAACCCACAUGAGCUGCAUUGAAACAACCAUAGCUCCCAACAGAAAUCACAAGCCUGAUGAAGAUAAAUUCCAAAAUUGUAACGUACCAAUUGGGGUUAAUGUUUUUGGAGUGGCUCAAACUAUUACAGCAGCUGUUAGGUCUAAUGGGAUUAAAGGGCCUGUUCAAAUUACAGCUUUUGGUGAUGUUUUGCAACUUUCAAGGGCUAAUCAGGAAGCACUUUCUUCCACUGGGAUCAACUUGGCUCACAUUCCUAAUGGCGGAAAGAACAGUGCUGACAGGUCUCUUCUCGUUGAUCUUAUGUGUUGGGUUUCCCAAAAUCCACCACCUGCCCAUCUUUUUCUGAUUUCUGGUGAUAGGGAUUUUGCAAAUGUUCUACACCGGUUGAGGAUGAACAACUACAACAUAUUGCUUGCAACUAAAAACACUGCCCCUAGUGUUCUCUGUAGUGCUGCAAGCAUCAUGUGGCAUUGGAAUUCUUUGGUCAAAGGGGAAAUCCUAUCUGGAAAGCAUUUUAACCAACCCCCUGAUGGUCCCUAUGCCUCUUGGUAUGGCCAUUAUAAGGGGCCUCUGGAAGACCCCUUUGCAGUUGUUGAGCGACCAACAUGUUCGAAGGUAGAGGACACACCUGAGGCUAGUUCAGAGUUUGCAGUUCGUCCAAUUCCUAAAGCAGUUGUGAAGCAGCUAUGUCACAUUUUGAAUUCAUGUCCUAAAGGAAUGCCAAUUACUGACCUGCGAAGGGAGUUGGCGAAAAGUAAUGUGUCUGUUGAUAAUGACUUUUAUGGGUAUAAAAAGUUCUCCCGCUUUCUUUUAUCUAUGCCACAGAUAUUGAAGCUCAAGAACGACAGUAGUGGUCGGUUUGUUGUACACUGUGUUGCUGCAAAAGCUCCUGAACCAUUUGAGUCUAGUCCAUGCAACUCUCCAGCUAGUGCUAUUAACAAUGGAAGUCAACACAUUACCGGGUCUUCAAAGUCAAAUGGUGAGGACAUUUCUGUUUCUGGAUCUGUGGAUGGGAAUUUAUCAUUGCCUUCAUCUCCUAAACUGAAUUUAAUGGCGUCUCCAACAAGAGUGCAACAACCCUCUCCUCCUACUGAGAAGUCUGUCAAAUCGCAUAUACAACAACCUCCAAAACAAAUGGAACAUAUGGAACAGCUCCAGCCUCCAAAACAAAUGGAACAGCCCCCUGAAGUUGCUGAGAAGGCAGAAAUGGUUAAUGCAAAGGAUGAUGAUUCAGAGUUGAAAAGCAAGAAUGUUCUUGUGGAAUCUUCUGGAGAUAAGUUGGUGAAGAAAAAUGAGAACACUUUGGAAGAAUGCGAUCCUCAAAAGAAAGUUGAGAAAAAAGCAUUGAAUCUCCUACUCAGGGUGAUGAUCCAGUGCAUCCCACUGUGGAACCAACUUUGGAGAAUAAAAUCGCUGUAA